AUGCCUGAGAUAGCUGAAGUCGCGCGCAUCGUGCACUUUCUGCGCCUACAUCUCGUCGGCAAGACCAUCAGAACCGCGUCCGCUGUCGACGACCAAAUUGUCUUUGGCAAGGCGGGCACGACCGGCGACGCAGUUUCGGCUGCCUUGACCGGGAGGAAGGUCAUCUCCUCCGGGUCGCAAGGCAAGCUAUUCUGGCUCGUCCUUGAUAAGGCUCCGCAUGUGGUGAUGCAUUUUGGCAUGACGGGUUGGCUUCAGAUUAGGGGCGUCCAAACAUCCUACUCGUCCCUUUACCGGGACACGGACACACGCGUCGAAACCUGGCCUCCCAAAUACACAAAAUUCCACCUCACGACCACCUGCAACCCCGCGGUGGAAGUGGCUUUCACCGACUAUCGGCGCCUGGCUAGAGUUCGUCUCGUGGACUGCCCCGGCGCUCACAUUCGCAGUCAUGCUCCUCUCAAAGAAAACGGCCCCGACCCUGUGCAAGACACGGACAGGUUUACGCUUGCGUACUUCCAGUCCAAGUGUCGCGCCAGUCGCGCCGCGGUCAAAGCUAUGCUUCUCAACCAGAAGUUCAUCAGCGGGAUCGGAAACUGGGUCGGUGACGAGGUGCUGUUUCAGUCCCGGAUUCACCCAGAGCAGAAAUGCAACCAUCUCACCGACGCGCAGACUAAGACUCUGUACGAGGUGAUCCGAUACGUUUGUCAGACAGCUGUUGGCGUGCUCGGUGACUAUCACCAGUUCCCCUCUGAUUGGCUUUUCAAGUAUCGAUGGAGCAAGGGCUCGGAGAACCCUACACUCCCUGGGGGAGAACCGUUGGCUCACGUCACAGUUGGGAACCGAACAAGCUGCUAUGCUACUCGCUUGCAGAAGAUUACUCUUGACGGUGUCCCUGUGGUCGUUGAGGAGGAAAAGAACAAGGAGGAGGUGGUGGAGGAGGAG